AUGUCGUCGCCCACAAAUCCAUCGAGGAAACGACGAGCACCCGGAAGCGAACCCGCAUCGAUGCAGACAGCAUACUUUCCUCCACCACCACCUUCCGCCAUCCCAGAUCAGUCCUCAACGUGGACAGCUAACAACGCCAACUUCAUGGAGAACUCAACGAACCCAAACCCAUACGGCAUGGUGUCGUCACCGCACCAGGCGCAGUUCACCCAGCAGGGUGUGCCCAUAGCUACGCCGUCAACUGCACUGGCGCGGAGAGGCAUGAACAACCAGCUGGUGGCAGCCAACAGAUCGUACACACCGCAACAGAACGAGUUGUGGGCCAACUUCACAGAUGAUAGCCUCGUGCCGCAAUCAAACGGUGGCAACGCUCAAGACGAGCAUGACAACGUGGAGUUGCUAGAAGAGAAGGCCCAAAAGGCCAAGAGAGAAGCACAAGCCAAGCGAAAGCAGAUUCCACCUUUUGUGCAGAAGCUAAACAGCUUCCUCGAGAGUUCGAAGAACACCGAGCUGAUCCGCUGGUCAGAGAAGGGCGACUCCUUCAUUGUACUGGAUGAAGAUGAAUUUGCCAAGACUCUUAUUCCAGAGCUUUUCAAGCACAACAACUAUGCCUCAUUUGUGCGACAGCUGAAUAUGUACGGCUUCCACAAAAAGGUGGGGUUAUCGGACAACUCUAUGAAGGCGAGUGAGCGAAAGAACAAGAGCCCAAGUGAAUACUACAACCCAUACUUCCGACGCGGCCACCCCAACCUUUUGUGGCUAAUCAACAAGCCCAAGAGUGGCGCAUCCAAGAAGAAGGGCAAGCGAGUUGAUGAGGCGGAUGGUGACAGCGAGGAGGACAUCAUUGAGGAUGGUGCAUUUGGACCCAACUACCCGCAGCCCAACAUUGCAGCAACUCGCGCACUGCCAGCUCCCGAAACUGGUACAUUAUCCAAAAAGGACUUGACAGUAGUACGAGACCAGAUGGCGGACUUGCAAGGCCAGCAGCGCGCUAUACAUGACGCUAUAGCCCGGUUACGCCGCGAACAUGUUCAGCUUGUCAACCAAGCUAGGCAGUUCCAAGACCAACACAACCGACACGAGCAGUCCAUUAAUGCUAUACUCUCAUUCUUGGCCAAUGUUUUCAAGGGGAAGAUUGAUCCCAAUGGAGAAGUCUUCAACAUCAAUGAUCUCUUCAAUGGCAUCAUGUCCAAUGGCCAAAUACCACAAAAUCAACAAAGUGGAACCGUGGUUGAUCUAGGCGACUGGGAUCAACAACAGUCUCGCGUUGCGCAAGACUUGACUUCACCUCCAAAGAGACAACAACGCCUUUUGCCGCCGGCCCCCCCUGAAAUGGCCAUCAAGCGCUCGGCAUCUGCGAGUUCUGUUCCAACCCGCACACCGACGCCAUUUGGCCACAACCAACCGCAGAUGGGUACGGUCACGGAGCUUUUUGACAGUCCCAGCGACUCGGCGCCUACACCAUCAAGCAUCUUGGACGAGCUCAACACUAACCCUCAGGAAGGUAUGAUGAAGCUCAUGCAGGAUGUGAACUCGAAUGUUGGUGGUGGCAACCCUAGACAAUCCCCCAAUGUCGGUAAUGUGCCCCUCAUGGGCAAUGAUCAACGAAGUCGUAUGCUCCAUGCCUUGGCGACACACGGCAACGGCUCCGCUACCGCUCCUCCAGCAAUCAGCUUCAGCGCUCCAGCACCCGAACCCGCAGUGGCGGCACCGGUUCCGGUGAAUCACACGUCCUUCUCGCCCAUCAUGGGCUCAUCGAUACCACCGCCUUCAAUGACCAGGAUAUCCCAGACACAAGAGGAGAUUGAGCAACUGCAAAAACUGCAACUCGAGCAAAGCCAUAAACUGGAUGAGCUCACCAGUCUGCUUGGUCACUACAGCCCUUCUGGCAGAAUUCCGGGGCUGGAGGAGAACGGGCAAUACUUUGAUGACAACAUUGAUUUUGGCCAGUACCUGGACUCGAAUGCAUAUAACCAAGACGGUCUACCCAGCGAAUUUGAUUUCGGUUCAAACCACUUUGACAAUUCGAACCUCGACAAUGUUAACACGGACAAUCUCUUUGUGAACAAUGGUGCCGGCAGGGCCGUGGGGUCAAACACCCCCAGCCAUAAUUCUGCCAGCCCCAGUGGGACGGAGGAGAUCCCAAGAGACGACCUGGAAGAUAGUCCCGGUCGUGCCAGCAAAAGACAACGAAAAGACUAG